GCAGAAUCGAUCAGCGUUUGAAGUAUUUCGCGGUCUAACCUAAAACAGUCAAUGUUUUUAUGAUAAUUAUUUAAAAGGUAAUUUCACAAAUUAUUAAUAAUCAUUUGAAGGUGAUUGUCAUUCCAAACCAGUCGAGUCCAAAAUUGUCGAUAUGUCGUCACCCAAAGCCACCGAAGUGAAAACUUUAAUAGCCAGCGAUAAAGUUGUCAUUUUCUCCAAGACCUACUGCCCUUACUGUAAAAUGGCUAAAGAGGUGUUCGACAAAAUAAAAGAGAAAUAUACAACCAUCGAAUUGGACUUACGAGACGAUGCGGAAGAAAUUCAGGAGAUUCUUGGUGAAAUUACGGGAGCCAAGACUGUACCAAGAGUUUUUAUUAAAGGCAAUUGCGUAGGAGGAGGAUCCGAUGUGAAGAGCUUGCAUGAAAAAGGAGAGCUCCAAACAUUGGUGGUUUAAUCUUUACUUAGUAAAUUGCCAACUCACGUUAUACUUUAGUUGCGCGUCUCGAAAAAACUAUAUUUUAAUUUUGCUAGGGUCAUCACUUCAAUAAUUCGUACAUCAAAUUACAGCGCAAAAUGUUACUCUAUGUAAAUAACGUGAGUGGUUUAUUUCUUUAAUCACAUUGAAUGAAAGUCAAAUAUCCGGAAAAAUAAUAUCAUUUUAGGUGAGAGCCAUGGCCUUCAACAAAGUGUAAGCAUCAGAAUAUAUGCAAGUCAUUUUCACAGUGAAAUGAUAUAGAUAGCUAAUCUUGUACACAAUUUUUUUUCUAAAUAUAUAUGUUCCCCGAGU